CGGCCUGUAUAAAUACUGGAGGGUUUAGGUCAGACUUACAUCGACAAGAUCAAUCAGCAAUAAUGAGGUCUCUGGUCUUCCUUGUGCUCCUCGGAGCUGUUUUUGCAGAGGAGGAUAAGAUUGUUGGAGGAUAUGAGUGCAAGGCCAACUCCCAGCCCUGGCAGGUGUCUCUGAACUCCGGUUACCACUUCUGUGGUGGUUCCCUGGUCAACGAGAACUGGGUUGUGUCUGCUGCUCACUGCUACAAAUCCCGUGUGGAGGUUCGCAUGGGCGAGCAUGACAUCACUUACCGUGAGGGCACUGAGCAGUUCAUCAGCUCCUCCCGCGUCAUCCGCCACCCCAACUACAGCUCUUACAACAUCGACAACGACAUCAUGCUGAUCAAGCUGAGCACGCCCGCCACCCUGAACCAGUAUGUGCAGCCCGUGGCUCUGCCCACCAGCUGUGCUGCCGCUGGCACCAUGUGCACCGUGUCCGGCUGGGGCAACACCAUGAGCUCCGUGAGCGGUGACAGGCUCCAGUGCCUGGACCUCCCCAUCAUCUCUGACCGCGACUGCAAGAACUCCUACCCCGGCAUGAUCACCGACGCCAUGUUCUGCGCUGGAUACCUGGAGGGAGGCAAGGACUCUUGCCAGGGUGACUCUGGUGGCCCCGUGGUGUGCAACGGUAAGCUGCAGGGUGUUGUGUCCUGGGGCUACGGCUGUGCUGAGCCCGGAAACCCUGGUGUCUAUGCCAAGGUCUGCAUCUUCAACGACUGGCUCACCCAGACCAUGCCACUCCUCUCCGAGCGAUUUAAGAAGGACAUCAUCAAAGAGAUCAGGAGCAAGAAGAAGCUGUUUUAUUUUGUGCGGUCGAAGAUCAAUAACAACAUUCGCUCGGAGAUGAAGAAAAGGAUGUUCAACAAAGAGGAGGUUUUCGACAAAAUUACAGACGACUGGUUUAGGUCAGAUUUAAAUCGACAAGAUCAAUCAGCAAUAAUGAGGUCUCUCGUCUUCCUUGUGCUCCUUGGAGCUGUUUUUGCAGAGGAGGAUAAGAUUGUUGGAGGUUAUGAGUGCAAGGCCUACUCCCAGCCCUGGCAGGUGUCUCUGAACUCCGGUUACCACUUCUGCGGUGGUUCCCUGGUCAACAAGAACUGGGUUGUGUCUGCUGCUCACUGCUACAAAUCCCGUGUGGAGGUUCGCAUGGGCGAGCAUGACAUCACUUACCGUGAGGGCACUGAGCAGUUCAUCAGCUCCUCCCGCGUCAUCCGCCACCCCAACUACAGCUCUUACAACAUCGACAACGACAUCAUGCUGAUCAAGCUGAGCACGCCCGCCACCCUGAACCAGUAUGUGCAGCCCGUGGCUCUGCCCACCAGCUGUGCUGCCGCUGGCACCAUGUGCACCGUGUCCGGCUGGGGCAACACCAUGAGCUCCGUGAGCGGUGACAGACUCCAGUGCCUGGACCUCCCCAUCAUCUCUGACCGCGACUGCAAGAACUCCUACCCCGGCCAGAUCACCAACGCCAUGUUCUGCGCUGGAUACCUGGAGGGAGGCAAGGACUCUUGCCAGGGUGACUCUGGUGGCCCCGUGGUGUGCAACGGUAAGCUGCAGGGUGUUGUGUCCUGGGGCUACGGCUGUGCUGAGCCCGGAAACCCUGGUGUCUACGCCAAGGUCUGCAUCUUCAAUGACUGGCUCACCCAGACCAUGGCCAGCUACUAAAUCAAACCUCUGUAUCUCAAUCCGAGUUCAGCUCUGAUGGAAAAUAUCU